GAACAUUUCCACAAACUAAACUUCUCUCCGCGCUUCCUAACCGGCACAAAGACUUCUGGAAAUUGCAGCGUCCUUAAGCCCUAAACCCCGAGCAUGUGGCCGAGACUGCGGAGGGGUUUCUGCAGCAGGAGCACGAAGGAAUGGAGGGUGAAGCAGGUGGUGCGGUCGAACUUCGAUUCCCUCCUGGGGGAGGUGAAGGAGCGCAUUCGCGACGCCGAUUUCAUUUCCAUCUCCACUCAGAAAUCGGGGCUUUACUCUUCUCCGUGGCGCCGGAUUCUUCCCAUUGACACUGCCGAGACGGCCUACAGCAAAGCGAAGGACGCGGCGGAGAGAUUCCAGCUCUUCCAGUUUGCUAUCUGCCCUUUCCGCUUCGACGGUGUGAAGGUCGUCGCCUUCCCGUAUAAUUUUCACUUAUUCCCAAGGGAUGAGUUAAACAUAGGCAUGCCAUCACACAGCUUUUCUUGUCAAGUAUCAUGCCUAACAGCUAUGGCUCGUGAAGGCUUUGAUUUCAAUACUUGCAUAUACGAUGGCAUUUCAUAUUUAUCAAGAGUACAAGAAGCUGCAUCAAUGCACCAGUCUGCCCUUCUGCUUCCUACUGAUCAUUUACCAUCACCUUCACAAAGUCAGUCAGUUGCAGAUUCUGUAUUCAUUGAAAGGACCAGGUCUCGAGUCCUCCACUGGAGAAAUUCUUGUAAAGAUUCUAGCAAUAAUUCAGAUGAGGCAUUGGUGAAGUCAUUACGGAAGCUUAUAUUAGGAAGUGAAUUAUUUGGAUCAAGACCGUGCAUUAGCGUGGAUGUCUGCAAUGACCAUCAAGCACAACUAGUUUUAGAGAUGUUGGGUAAGUUGUCUGAUGAUCUUGUGCCCUUGGUCGUUCCUGACAAAGAUGGUGCACCCACAGCUGUACGUGUUGUCUUGACUAGUUCAAUUGAGGAUAGAGUUCUUCUUGAGAAUGAGCUUAAGAGUCUCGAGGAUGGACGAAACAUGGAAGUUCGUGGUUUCAGAGAGGUUAUUGAUGCAAUGUCGGACUCUCAGAAACCCAUCAUUGCAUAUAACUGCCUGAAUGAUUUUGCAUUUAUUCAUUCUAAAUUUAUAUCUCCUCUGCCACAUACCAUGACUGAGUUCAUGUGUUCAUUGCGGUUUGUCUUCCCAUCUGUCCUUGACAUCAACCAUAUAUUAAAGGAAGUGCCACCCCUAAAGAAGGCGACUAAUUUACAUGCUGCUCUGUCAUUUUUAAAGAGGCGCUUCUUUUUGCCCAUUGAUAUGGAGGUACCACAGCUAGCUGAUGGAGUUGCAGAUGGUGAGAACCUUGGAAACAAUGUUUUGAGGAUAACGUUUUUGUUUGCAAAACUUUGUUCUUUGAUGAAAUUAUCACCUUCUGCUGACAAGUCAUCAAACAGUCACAAUUAUGCAUGCAUUGAAAGUUACACAAAUAUCUUUUAUCCUUCCCGUGCUAUCCUUCAAGAACCUGCAGAUGGUGAUACCUGCGUAUGGAUGGAUAGUGAAAACAAAGUAAACACGGAAAAUUUGAUCUUCUUGUGGGGGUUUGGUGGAUUUGUUUCAUCAGAGGCUCUCAAGAGACAACUGUCUGGCACCCAUGAUGCUUUCGAUGAAGGUUUUGAUGUUCGGUUGCUGGAUCGAAGCUGUGCAGUUCUAUCCUUUUGGAGUGCCAAUUCUGCUAAAAGGUUCGUUGAAGACAUAGAUUUAGGUCUUGAUGGGUUCCCUGCACUGCAUGAAAUGGUCUGCAAGGGGUUGAAAGCUGCUACAUACAGGGAUUAUGAACGAGUUUGCAAGUUGGGUCUUUGGGAGAGUGAACUAGCAGACUCUUUGGAAAGAGCAGCUAAUGAGUCAAUGGACUCUCCAAUCUUGGUGGAUGAAGAACCUUUGAGUGCAUACAAAGGCGAUGAAUCCUCAUUUCAGCUAAAUGUUCUUUGAGAGUGGAAAGAGUUGGUAACGACUGGGUGCUUUUCCAAUGUUGGUGAGGGAAGAGCCUUUGAGUAGAUAACAAAUAACGCAUCCUUGCACAACUGAGCAUUUGGAUGCUCCAUUAGUUCUGCAACCAGCCUUAAGUGUUUCUCCAUUUUGUUGCCUUUGGGAGAUUGUAACAGCAUGUUGCAUUGGAGGUUAUUCAGAAACAACACACAGUUUGGAUUUAUCGGUGGCUCUGGUCAUGAAGUACGAACCAGCGCUUUCUCAAUGGCCAUGUCGAUGGAUGAGGUGAUUAACCAUAUUUGAAGUGCAAAUCGAAGAGCUUCUAAC